AUGGCGACGAACUGGCCACUCGAAAACGAAUAUACGAAAUCAGCGUGGAAAACCAUCAGAGGACGGCUCCCAUUUCCCCUUGGAGAUCAUCCUUGGUGGAUUGACGGCACAACGCGAGCUCCGGACGAGAAAGAUGAAAACCCAACUCUUUGGAGAGAAGGUGUCAUCAACAUCUUUGACCACAAUGGGUUUGACUGGCAAGUCUUCAUCGUGGCCGCUUCGGGAUUCCUGACCGAUUCAUAUUCUUUGUUUGCGACCAAUGUGAUCUUGCCGCUGCUUGCCUUUCUAUAUUGGCCAGAUCGAGCCGACAGGCUCCCUGAGCUGUCAAUCAACGCGUUAACCUUGGCUGGAUCCGUUGUCGGGCAGCUGCUUUUUGGACGGUUAACCGAUCGAUUAGGCCGAAGGAAAUUGUAUGGUCUGGAGCUGGUGCUUGUCAUUUUCGCAACGUUGGGGAUGUCUCAGGCUUCGAGUGGGAUGUACAACAAUAUGAGCAUUCUGGCCUGGAUUCAGUUCUAUCGUUUCUUUCUCGGUAUGGGCAUCGGUGCAGAAUAUCCGCUCAGUGCUGUCAUCACAGCCGAGUUUGCGAGCACUAAGUACCGUGCCAGAAUGAUGGCUGCUGUGUUCCUGAUGCAGCCAUUAGGGCAGAUAUUGGCAGCAGCAGUGGGCUGGGGAGUCUUGACCAGGCUGAUGAAGUCUCGCAAUCUGCAGGGAUAUCCAGACCAUGGCCCUGCAUUUGACAGCUUGCCGAUAGAGACACAGCGCGAGAUACUUGCCACUUUAGACACCGUCUGGAGAUGGGUGGUGGGUGCAGGUUGCAUCCCGGCGUUGCUGGCGAUUUUGUGGAGGUUUUCCAUUCCCGAGUCCCCACGAUACACGAUGGACGUUGCACAUGACCCGCAGCAAGCACUUAUUACCACAAAACGUCAAUUUCGGCGAACAGUGCAAUUGUUAGAAUCACAAAAUGGAUCUUCAGAAGGAAGUGGGAUACUCGCUGCAUCGAAUCCAGCGAGUUUCCCGACUUCUCCAGCACUCGCAGCCUCGAUUCAUCCUAGCCAGAAGAAUGAGCCGACCUUCUGGUCGUUCCUCUUCAAAGAAGGCAAUUGGAGAUACCUUGCAGCGACAUCACUUUGUUGGUUCCUCCUUGACUUUUGCUUCUAUGCGCUUGGCAUCAAUUCUCCUCGACCACUCGCUGCUCUAUGGGCGGACAGUAUUCCUGCGCUGAAUGUGACAUUUGCACUGCCAUCCCCAACCACGACUGUGACAAUACCAUUUACACACACGGUAGCUUAUGGCAACACAACCUACAACCUUGUAAGCUCUUACGUUGCCAGAUUACCACCCCCAACAGCAACGGUUACAAGUUUGGUGAUGGCGACAGCCACCGGCCUUCAAGUUCCCAAUUAUCAGAACGUAUGGGAUCCCACGCACAACAUGUUCCAGCAACUAUCUCACAACGCGUUCCGAUAUAUAUGCACAAUAUCAAUCACCUCACUUGCGGGCAGUUGUCUUUUGAUUUUGGUUAUCGACUACUUCCCUCGCAAGGCUCUGCUUGUGUGGAAUUCGUGUGCACUGAGUGUAUUAUUUGCAGUAUUGGGAGGUGUUUUGGUGGCAACAGAAUUCGAUGAACCACAUUUGGCCAGUGUUAUUCUAUGCGCACUGUGCCAGUUUCUCUUCAACCUGGGACCAAACACUUUGACCUACAUUGUGAGUUACACCUUGCAAUCUUAUAGUAUCAAGCUGCGCUCAGCAUACUUACCCAUAUUCAAUCCUCAGAUAUCGGCAGAAUUAUUCCCAACUAGAUUCCGAGCAACCUGCCACGGUAUCUCUGCUGCUUGCGGCAAAGUAGGAGCCAUUCUCAUUCUGGUUGUAACGGAGCGCUCUGUACUGAACUCGAAUCCUCGCUCGCUCGACCAGCUUCUCGGGGCCCUUUCCGUACCACUAGCUGCAGUGGCGUUCUUUGCAUGGGUCUGGAUUCCCGAGUUUCACACCAAGCCCACAGAAAUUGCUCGCACCUCUCGAAUGCCCCGUCUACCGAACAAGAGUCUGGAGCGUUUGUCAAGAGGAUGGUCUUAUGCCACAAACGCUGAUCAGACGCUGGAUCCCCGUACGCGUCUUCCAAGAGGAGAGAAUCAGAGACUGGGCCUUUCGACAAAGAUUCUGGAUACCUGGCUCUGGCUCAAUCGCAGAAUAAGAAGCAAAAGCGAGGAGAUGUAUUCUGCGGGGGUGGAACAUAGGCAAAUAAAUGGCGAUGAGCUGCGGCUAUCGCACGAUCGAGCUGUACAUCGCUCAUCGGAGGAGUUCGAAAUGUAUUCUUAG